UUUUUUUUUUUUUUUUUUUUUUUACUUCGUCCUUUUCCUUUACCCCAUCGUGUGCCGUGGCUUCCCAGAGACCGAAAGGACAGGAUAAUAAAGUACAAAAUGGUUCGUUACAUCAAAAGGAUACAGUUCAUGACAACGAUUUUGAACCUUACCUUUCUGGGCAGUCAAAUCAGAACAGUAGCUAUCCAUCAAUGACUGAUCCUUAUCUGUCCAGUUAUUAUCCACCAUCUAUUGGGUUCCCCUAUUCUCUCAGUGAAGCACCAUGGUCUACAGGAGGAGAUCCUCCUAUCCCGUAUCUCACCACCUAUGGACAGCUCAGUAACGGAGAUCAUCAUUUUAUGCACGAUGCUGUUUUUGGACAGCCUGGGGGUCUGGGAAAUAAUAUCUAUCAACAUCGGUUUAACUUUUUCCCUGAAAACCCUGCCUUCUCAGCUUGGGGAACAAGCGGAUCCCAGGGACAGCAGACUCAAAGUUCAGCAUAUGGGAGCAGUUACAGCUACCCGCCUAGUUCACUGGGCGGUACCAUUGUGGAUGGACAAACAGGAUUUCAUAAUGAUACAUUAAAUAAAGCUCCUGGAAUGAACAGUAUCGAACAGGGAAUGGUUGGACUUAAGAUUGGUGGAGAUGUUACAACUUCUGCGGUGAAAACAGUAGGUUCUGUUGUCAGCAGUGCCGGGAUGACAGGUGCCCUCUCUGGUAAUGGUGGAUCUAAUGUAAACUUGCCAGUAUCUAAACCAACUUCUUGGGCUGCUAUAGCUAGCAAGCCUGCGAAACCACAGCCCAAAAUGAAAACAAAAACUGGACCUGUAAUUGGAGGAGCGUUGCCUCCUCCGCCUAUAAAGCAUAAUAUGGACAUAGGUACUUGGGACAAUAAGGGUCCCGUGGCAAAAGUUCCUGCCCCCCAACAGAUACCUUCUCCUCAGUCUGUCCCGCAGCCACAGCAACAAAUCGUUCAGCCUGUUCCAACUCAACCUCCUCCAUUGACUCAGCCGCAGUAUCAGACUCCUCAGCAGCCACCCCAAAAUCGCUGGGUAGCUCCUCGCAACAGAAACGCAGCUUUUGGCCAAAGCGGAGGAACUGGUAACGACAGCAACUCAGCUGGCAGUACCCAGCCUAACCCUGUUCCAAGUGGCGAGUCCCAUCCUGUUCUUGAAAAACUGAAAGCUGCUCACAGCUAUAACCCUAAAGAUUUUGAAUGGAACCUUAAAAAUGGACGUGUGUUCAUAAUAAAGAGCUAUUCUGAGGAUGAUAUUCAUCGUUCCAUUAAGUAUUCUAUUUGGUGUAGUACGGAACAUGGCAACAAACGCCUGGACAGUGCUUUCCGGUCCAUGAACAGCAAGGGUCCAGUCUACUUGCUGUUCAGUGUCAAUGGCAGUGGACACUUCUGUGGAGUAGCAGAGAUGAAAUCGCCCGUGGACUAUGGCACCAGUGCAGGUGUCUGGUCUCAGGACAAGUGGAAGGGGAAAUUUGAUGUCAAGUGGAUCUUUGUGAAGGAUGUGCCCAACAACCAGCUCCGACACAUCAGGCUGGAGAACAAUGACAACAAACCCGUUACAAACUCCCGUGAUACACAGGAGGUGCCCUUAGAAAAAGCAAAACAAGUGCUUAAAAUUAUUGCUACUUACAAGCACACGACCUCCAUCUUUGAUGACUUUUCUCAUUAUGAAAAGCGCCAAGAAGAGGAGGAGGUGGUGCGGAAGGUAAACUUAUUAAAAAAUUUAUUUUAUACACAGAUAUGGGGAAAAUGAAAUGUGAAGGCUGCUAUGGUGGAAAAAAUGUAAGUAGGAAUUUGAAAUGUUUUUAAUACAUCUCAACUUGAUAGUUUUAUGUGUGUUUAGCAACACAGAAAACAAACUGAUGCUUAUUUGUCUGUGACAAUUUCAUAGCAGAAAGCUAAGCAAUAAUGCAGGUAAAGGACAAUAUGUCUGGUUUUUUUGGAGUUUGAUUUAUUUUUUUCUCUUAAAAUUGCUAAUAAACUAGGAAACUGCUUGUUUCAGAAUUGGAUUCUGCCAAUGAUUGCCACUUAAGUUUUUUGCCUUAUAAAUAUGAGGUGUUUUAACACUGUUUGACUGGAACUGGGCUAUCAAAAUUGAUACCUGUGUUAGCAUUUAAAAUUUGUAUGUCACCUUUAAGAGCAAGAAGCUUGAUCUUGUUUGUUCAGUUGAUCUCUCUGGAAAAGAAAGAGAUGCAUAAAAUUGCUGGAAUAGUGCUAGAAAGAUUGCAUUUCUGCUGCUGAAGUCACAUGUGUUAUUAUUUGGGUAAAUAAAGGUUUUCAGUUCCCAGGUCCAAUCUGUCUACUAAUUCUUGAAAACAAAUUUUGAGUGAAGAUGUAGUAAGAGAAAUUUAGGCAGAGAACUGGGAAGGUGUAGUAAAAACUUACAUACGUUUUCAUACCUCUAAGCCUACCGCAAGAGACUUCUGUCCCUAUCCAUCCCAUGACCUCAGUUCCAAAACUGCCCUUCUCUAAUUAGGCAGUCUAGAAGUAAUGGAUUGACCAAAUAAUAAGUGUUGGGACCUGUACUUGCUAGCUAAGUAAUAUUUAAAGUUGCUUGCUAUCUAUAGUGUUUCAUAGGUGGUGGGGUUUUUUGUAUAGCAUUUCAAAUGCAGCGUUUAUUUGAGAGGCUAGUUUAGUGCAGUUGACAUUUGCUUCAAAAUGUUUUUGAAGCAAAGACUUAAUGCAUGAUCCUGGAGCUUAAAUUGAAGUUGCCAUUUUAAGGGUUUUAUUGCUAUUUAAAAGUGUGGAUAAAAUUGCUUUAGUCUGUCUUUGUAGAAUGUACCCUUAAAUUAUGAGAGAAAAGGAGAUCAGCGUCUUAAGGCCUUCUUUUUAGCUCGGCUUUUCCUAGCUAUCAGAUACGAUCUGCACAGUGUACCUCAACUCAGCAGGGAAGGAGAGCUUACGAUUUGAAAUUUUUCUUGUGUACUCCCUGUGGGGUUCCACAAGCUAAAACCUAAAAGCCUUUACUUCAACGCUUUGUUCCUUCAGUAGACAAUUAGCAAUGUGAUAUUUAAUGCAACCUGUGUCUUGGAGAGGUUGUUUCCUUAUGUAGGAGAGAAUCAUGAAUAAGUCAAAAGGCCUGGUUUCUUUGUCCCAGCUUUUACGAUGUAUGGGGGGGUGAUUGGUUUGGGUUUUUUAACACUGAGUCUCCCUGUGAUUUGCUGCCAGGUCUGGAGGGGAGAAUAACGUGUGUGUUUGAGGAGUGAGAGUACUGGGAAAGUGAUAGGAGAUCUAGUAGUCUUGAACAGUUGACUUCUUGGCCUGAGGAAGAUCCAGAUGGCUGCGUACUGAAGGCUUGAGUUUCCUUUGCUUUGUAGUAGCUUAGGGGGCUGCUGUGCAACUCUUGAGCUGAUCCCACUUUGGGUUGCUUUCAUAUACACAACUAUUUCCCACUUCAGUUCAAGUGCUGAUACAAUAUUCUUACCCAGGUCACUGCUUUAGAACAGGAUCACUCUUUCAAAAUAAUGCGUUUUUUUCUGCCUCAUUUAAAGCUGAGGCUCUAGCUUGUAUGACGCAUUCAGAAAAUAAACUCUGAAGUCUAAUUUAACAUUUCUUAGAUUCCUCCAAAUUGCUUAGAAAAUAGGACAAUAUACAGACAAUUGAAAUACACUGAGGAAGGUAAUAGUGCUGGAGAGGUAAAGCAGUUCAGUGGUGAGGGAAUGAAAAAUAAGAUACUGCUUGUCGGGUUGCAUUCUAUAAAACUAUUGUCUGGAAAGUUAAUAUUUUCCCCUUCAUUGACUAAAUGAAUUUUAGAAGUCCAGCUGAUGACUAGAAGAGUUUCUUUGUGGGAUAUGUAUACAAUUACAUUUCUUGUUGAGAAUUUUGUGCUAUUGAAGCCUUCCUGUUAUGCGAAGUUAACCUUCCUAUGACAACAAUUUUUGAAGAAUCGUAUCAUCAGUUAAGGUAUCUUAUGACCUAAUUGACAUUUUCAGAUGGCUGUUUGUAUAUAUGCCAUCUUAAUUGGUUUUCAAGUUGCUGUGUUUUUUAUUUGUUAUAUUCUGUUAGCAGUGAAAUUACUUAAUGAAAUUGUGCUUCCAUUUCACUGCUGUUGUGAUUACUAAGGGACAGAAUUCGUAAAAAAAAAAUCUCCAUGUGGAGGGCUUGCAUGCUUGAAUUUCAUUUAUACACAAAUAUGUAGUAGGCAAGAAUAACUUCAUGUAAUCUGUACAACGCAAGCCACUGGCAUUUCAGUUCUUUCCUUCAGAUGGUCGCAGUUUGUUGCUAGCCAGUGUUCCCGUAACGGAUGUGGGCAGAGGAAGCUCCAGCCUGUGCUCUCUGAGUUUAACUGAUCUAGGAACCUCCGCGUUAACACCAAAUCAUCAAAUGUGGAUUAGGCAGGUAUAAUGCUGGAUGAAAUUCGCUCAAGUGCCAAAGAUUCAUCAGUGUUACCAGCAUUGCUUAAGGACUAUUAUCAUCAUCUAGAAUUGAGGGAGCAUUUGUUCAUGCUGGGAUGCAAGUCCAGCUCUUGAUUUGCCAUAGUAAUAAACUGUUUAAGCCCAGUCUGGUGACCCAGAACCAGGGAAGGGAGUAAUAAAAGGAUAUUUGGUAUCUGGAAUGAAAUAUCUCCUGACCCUCCUAGCAUUUCUCAGUCAGUUUCCAGGGCCACUACAGUGUCCACAAAGAGCAACUUCUGUGAUCAAAGCUCAUGCUCUCAAAAUGUAAAAAAAUGGAAACGUGAGAGAACUUAUUUAAAAAGAAAAUACAGUAUAAUGUGGCAUUAAUUGUUAACGUUCCCUAGAAACAUGCUUGCAUAGUCUUAAGAAAGUUGUAAUCUGAAGUUAAAAAGAAAAUAAACUUGUUGCAGGUUUUGGUAUUUUUAUUUGCAUCUCGUGGUAGGACAGAUGGGUUGAUCUACUGGCAGCAGUUUGUCUUCAUAGAUCUGUAUUUAACUAGAUGGUCGGAGUGACUGGACUGGACUGCUGUGCUGUCACCUCUGAUGCGUGUCAAGGCACUCAGCUAUUCCAAGGUCUGCGCCUUGAUGUUGUGCUGGAAGACCUGAGCAGUCUUGGAAAGCUCUUAAAUUGCCAAGCUUACCGCUUCUCCUUUUGCGUGACUAAAUACUGCAAAAUGUUAGCUAUAAUAAUCGUGUUUCCUGAUGUAAAAUUAACAUUUAUAUUUUUGUGUCAGAAGAUGAAUGCUUUCAUCCCACUGACCUUAACAAAUGAAGUUUAGUAGGAAGGUUGACAGCUACUGCAGGCUGUGAUGAAGGCAACAGGAGUUUGACAGGGAUCAUUGUCUCCAAAAUGGAAGCUUCUGCAGGUUUUGUGCCAACCUGUUUUUCCUGUGUCUGAAGACUGUAUGUAUUAAUGUCAUGAAGAAGUAUGCAACAGGAGCUCCCCUGUGAGAUAUUGGAGAAUUCCCCUGGAGAAGAGAAACUAUGAAGGCUUCCAAUGGAUCUUCAGAACCAAAAUAAACAAAGCUUUGUUAGUUGCUAAGAAAACUGUGUGUUCUUGCUUGCAGUAGUGUUAAAUGACAGUAAGGGAGAGAAUUGGAGAGGUAACGCUUCUAAAAAGCCACCAUGCUCAAGAGCAUGAGUAUUUUUGCAUCUGUUUCCUCCCCAUCAGUUUAUAUGGUUUCAGACACUUUUAAAAGGAAGACUCAGAUUAGCCCUGGAAAGAGAAAGCAAGCAGCAAGGUAGGAGGAACUGCUUAAUAACCUGCUUAAUAAGUAGCUCUUCUCACUGAAUUGUAAAGCCGGAGCUGAGUCUCUGAAUGCCGCGAGCAUACUUUUGAGGUCCCAGGUCGAAGUUUCAGAUGCUAGCCUGUCUUCUGUUUAUAUGGGACUCGUCCAUGAGAAUGGAAGGCUUUGACUUUUAAAGAAACGUGGGAUUAUGAGGGUCAGUGGGUGACUAUAUAGAAAACUAAAAAUAACUUGUGUAAGGGGGCAAUGGGAAAGAAUGGGCUGGUGAGCAUGGUUGGGCAGUGAAGCGCAGUAAAGGGGAUUUGUCACCUUAGGAAUGGAAGUAGGAUGGAACGGUUAACUUUUCCGGAAGCCUGCAAAUGGGGUUGAUAUGAUUCCAUUUCAGAUUCUUUCUAACCACCUUUGGUUUGAAAUGUCAAGCAGCCAUAGGUGCUUUUCAUUAAGAACUGUUAAGAACACCUAAUUAAGAACAUUAAGAACACCUAAUAUGUUCUGAUACUCUACCACUAAGAAAUUACUUCCAUUGCCAGUUCAUCGUAGUCAGCAGUUAAAAGAUAGGGAGAAAUAGAUUUUUUUUUCUUAAUUAUACCACUUUAUGCAGUCUGUUUUGUUGAUUUGGUAAGACAGUUUUGCUAUCUUCUGUCUUAAAUCAUAGAUUAAGAAUUUACACUGGACUUUGUUGAUUUAAUUUUAUUAUAAAAAAUGGAAAUACUAAUAUUAUUCUGCCUGGAGGCAGAAAUCAAUAUAUUCCAUUUAAGAAAACCUCUUCUGAUUUUAUGCUGUGACCAGCUGAAGUAGCAAAUACAGUCUGUUACAUUUAUAAUGUUUGCUAUAUUUGCAAAUUAGCUUUACCUUGCAACAGAAACAAUUCUGAGAUGAAUUUUGCACAGAAAGAUCCCACAAAACAAGUAAAAUCUGAAGGCGUUAGUUUAGGAGUUGACUGUUGUUUGUACUUUAGACGAGAUAUAAGGAAGAAAUUCUUUACAAUGAGGGUGGUGAAACCCUGGAACAGGUUGCCCAGAGAGGUG